UUGAAACGUUGCCAGGACAACCCGGAACCAACAGCCAAGUCCACACGCUCAAAAAAAAGUGACGCUAAAACCAUUACUAGUUCAGAGAAAAAUGACGCCCAAAACGAACCAUUAGCUAAUAAUUUGUGACGAGCGGGUUUACUAAAACAGUAACGACCAAACUCCCUGCCCGGAAGCGUUGUCUGGCGCUAGCUAGCGAGCUAAUAACGGUUCAGACAGUGCUAACAACAACUACAUUGACAAUGGACGCUAAUUCGUUAUCCUAUUCGUUGGAGCUGGUUGCGGGUAGCGGGUGCAUUUUGAACACGGAGCAGAGGGCGGCUCUGCAAACUUCACUGAUUAUCUUGAAGAAAAACUACAAGUUCAAUCGAGUGUUAUUCUGGGGCAAAAUACUCGGUUUAAAAGAGCACUAUUUCAUCGCUCAGGGGAGAAGGGAUGACGAGCUGAAGGACACGCAGCAUUUCUACAGCUUCAAUUGUAUCGAUUGGUUCCUGAUCCCCACGACCACAACCGAAAUGAUCGAGGACGUUUCCAAAACAGCAAAGGGCCGAUUCGAAGGCGACCCAUCAUUUGUGUACGAGUCCAGACAAGCGGAAAGACUUGAUCCUUCAGUGGAGGAGUCGACAACCAAAGUGACGGAGGAGACAAGGCUGGCGGUGACGGUUCACCACAUCAACGAAGACGCUUCUGUGGUACCGCGGGGCGCCUUCAUUAACAGCACGCACGGCGUCGUCCAGAUCAAUCGCAGCUUUGGCGGCCUCUCUAACACUCAGGCAGGGAAACUUGAAAAUUUUCUUCACUUUGCUCAGCCCAAGAACCUGAAGAAGAAGUCCCUGUUGGAGAUGGCUGAUUUGAACCCCGCUUUGGACUUUCUGGAUCCGCUGAGUGAGGACAUUCCGAAAGGAUCGUGGAGCCUUCAGUUUGAGAGUGCCAACAAAGUGUGCGUGAUUCGCAGCCUGCUGUGGUUGGGCCUGACCUUCUACCACGUACCCAUGACACCGCUGCACGGAUUCAUCUACAUCGGCUACGGGACCAAGAACUUGGACCUGCCCUUCAUGCUUUAAAAGAGAGAUGUGGUGUACCGCAGGAUAAAAUGUAUUUGUCUUACCGUUUCAUUCAAUCUGAAUGAUU